UUAUCACUGACUCACUCCAUAAUAGUUCUCAACAAGAGCGUUGCAAACAGUACUUCUCUCUGGCGUUGUGGAGGGGCGACUGGUAAUACCAGCCAACCGAGCAAAGCCCUCAGUCUGGCGUAGAACGCGCUAGCGAUCAUUUUCACGAUUUUACAUAUCGAAGAUUGCGCAGCGGCUCUGGAAUAUUUGAAAUGGAAAUCAAAAACAAAGUUGCUAUCGUAACCGGUGGAAUCGGUGGCAUUGGCUUGGUAACGGUGCAACACUUGAUAAGAAGCAAAAUACAGUUUGUAGCUAUAAUUGAUUUGCCGAAAUCCGAUAGCGAAGCAGCAGUUGCAAACUUAAGUAAGCUGAAUAAAGAAUUCGGCAAAGGAAGCUAUCAAUAUUAUUCUUGCGACCUUACGAACAUUCAAGAAUUCAGAGCAAUUUACGAGAAAGUCAUCGCGUUGAAGAAGUACGUGGAUAUACUAAUCAACGCUGCAGGUAUUCUCAACGACAAUGCUAUGAAUUUAUGCAUCAACGUCAAUUUUACAGCAGUAGUGAAUUCUUCAAUGAUUGCCAUUGAACACAUGAGGAAAGACAAAGGUGGCAAAGGAGGUGUCGUUGUGAAUGUGGCAUCAAUCGCGGGCAUUGUGGACUUCCCUUACAAUCCGAUAUACAAUGCCACGAAACACGCUGUUGUGGCUUUUGCAAGAUCGCUCAAGCCCCACAACAAAAUCAUCGGCGUCCGAGUUGUUUGCAUCUGUCCAGGUGUAACGGACACUGGUCUGGUGGCGUUUGAUCAUCUGUACAAGAGCCUGUUUGAUUUCAUAGAUCCGAAAAUCGUCGAUGAUUUUAGAGAUAAAGUCUGCUGUCAGAGCCCGGACAACGUAGCUUCGGCUAUCACGAAAAUAAUUUUGAAAGGAAAGGACGGCGCUGUUUGGGUAGUGGAAAACGACGAUCCUCCGUAUGCCGUUAGAGAAAUGCUCAAUGCCCAAGAGUUACGCGUCGACUUGUAACGACAACUCAAUGCAUUUCCAUAUCAUUUGUCAUGAAUAAAAUUAAACUACUCACAAUCUCAA